UGUAAACUACCAUGUUUCAAACGAAGUUCACUGUAGUAAUGUAUUUAGUCUCCAGUAAUUUUAAUUCAAAAUUUGGUUGGACUUACUACAUUAUUAAACCUUUUUUAAUUCAACUGAUUACAUUUUUAAUUUACUAAAUGCUAGUGUAUUAAUCUCAAACCACCAAGGCGAUUUAAUACAUAGGUAUACAUUUUGUUAAAAAAUCUGUCUAAGAUUACAAAUAUUUGAAUUUAGAGAUUUUUAAUAUUAACAAAUGUAAUAAAUGUCUUCGAAUAGUGAUAGGGGUUAUUUCUUAUACUGUGGAUUCUUUUCUAUAAUUAAAUUUCAAAUAAAAGUAAUAGAACAAUACAAAUUUAUCAAAUUCGACCUUGAGGGAAAAUGGAUCAAGAAUGCUAACAUUGUGACGUAUUGCGUCGUUUUCAGAAAACGUAAGGGCGCAAUGGUUCUAUAAAUUUCCCAGGGAUAUGAUUGGUCAGCCAUUUCCACUAGAAUCGAAAAUUUGAUGCGCCGAGUGUAAGCGCAAAGUGGCUGGUAAAAGUAACAAGUUCAUGAUCUGGUAGGUCUAAAGUAUAUUCUGGAAAUAAAAUAAGCAAUUCGGUAUUUGCGUAUAAUAUGUUCUUUAUGUGUAUCACUUAAUCGGCAUCGUUCCAUUCUAUUAUUGAAGAAUUGAGACUUUACUUAGUUCCUAUUUUUAUUGAUCCCCAAUAUCAGCAAAAAUGUUUACUGGACUUACUAAUCAAGUUUCCUCAUGGAUGGGUAGUGUUAAGGGCGACCAGGAAGAAAAAGUCCCUACACCCACUGAAGACAGUAAUGCACUUGUUGGAUCUGAAAAGAAAGAAGGAAGUCCAACUAAAGCAAGUGGAGGCGGAAAACUUGAAAUGUUUUCAAACGUGAAGAAUCAAAUUGAAGGUAUUGGUGGUUGGUUGGGAUCAAGUAUUCCAAAAUUAAGAAAAGCUGAUAAUGAACAAGUUGUUGAUGGGCAAGAGCAACCGCCUUUAUCUGAACCGGAACCGCAAGGUCUUGACACUCACCCUUUAAAGGAUGAAGAUGACAACUCAAGUGCUACUGGUGGAGCUGAUUCAGGACCUCAAUCUGCUGCAGAGUCCCCCACUGAAGAUAAAGAUAGUCAAUUCGUAAAUGUACAAACGAAGGCUUUAGCAGGUGCUAAAUCCUUUGGUAGUUUUCUUUAUUCUGCUGUAAAUAAAGCUGGAAAAACUGUAAGCGAAGCAAGUGCUAAGAUAAAAGAAUCUGUCGAAAAAAAUAGCAUACUAGGUGAGUUUAAUCGCGAGCAAGAAGCAUUUAUUAAAAAUCAAGGAGAUAGCAUUUCUUCCCCACUGCCACCUUGGGUCGGUUGUGCUAAUGAAGAAGCACUUAAAGAUGAGUGUCUUAGCCUAUCCACAGAUCGUAGAAAUUUCGUUCGUAGUCCACCUGCAGGUGUAGACUUCGUUUUUGAUUAUCAAGUGUCUUACCCAGUUGCCAUGGCUAUUAUGGAGCAAGACCCCAAUUUGGAGAAGAUGCGUUAUGAACUUGUGCCUAAAGUUAUCUCAGAAGAAAAUUUCUGGCGAAAUUAUUUUUAUCGUGUAAGCCUAAUUUGUCAAGCCAAUGAAUUGUCUUUUAUGUCACGGGAAGGAGAUAGUCAAUCUGCUACAGAAACCUAUGCCUCUGAUCAACUAAUAGACGAUAGUACAAAAAAAGAUAUGCAUGAAUUUGUAUCUGACACAUUGCAAGUCAGUAGCGAAGAUUUGAAAGAAGUAAAUGAAGGAAUGAAAAAACUUGCAUUAGGAUCAAAAAACAAUGCUUAAGAGGAUCGACGACAUCUUGCUUCCUUUCUAUCCUAAAUCCCAGAAUUGAGUUAAGUCGUAAAUUCCUCCUCUUCACAUCACUUUUAGUUGAAUUAGUUUGGCUUUACAUACACAAACCAAAUUUUCAUUUAACUUGUUAAACGCCAUAAUCUCUAUAUACAGGGUGAAUCAAAUUUAUUUCUUAUUAUCUCAUUACAUGCGAUGGUAAAUAAUUCGGGAAAUCCUUAUCUCUGAAGAUUCGUUAAAGUGAAGGAAUAUAUUCACUCAAUGUAAUGUUAAAUACUUUUUCUUAGUGGACUUAAUGUUUGUUCUAUUCUAAGUAAAAUAGACAUUAAAAUGUAAUUUGAAUUAUCCUGUAUAUACAAAUAUGUAAUUUACAUUAGAAAUAAUACUAAUAGGACAGUAUUAUAUUUUAAUGAGGUUUGGAUAACUGAAAAAAAAAUUUAAUAUUGCAUGGUGUCAAUUCUGUUGUAUUUUGUUAUUCUAUGUCCACUGAGUACCCUGUUCAAUUAGCAAAUGUUAUGAAUUUGUGCAAGCACAAUUUUCAUUCUAUUUAUUUAUAUAUUUGAUGGAUUCCAUUAUCAAAACUUGCAGUCACUUGCAAUUGGCUGAUGUUAUAAUCUUUGUUACCUAUCAAAUUUUAAUAAAUGUUGUGACUACUAAUAUUAAAAGUUUUUGUAUUUAUAAAAUGUGAAAAUGUUGGGUUUUGUUAUGAAGGCUAUCGACUUUCGAAAAAUCAAGCUUGUAAAUCAGAUUAAAUGUGUUAAAUAGUAUGAUCCAAUGAAUAUACAAAUAUAUUUAUAAAAUCCAUAUACUACCAAUUAAUGAUGAUAUAUAAUAAAUUGCUUUUUUUGAUGAAUUAUAAUUACAUAUUAAAGGCUAAUUCAUAAAAUGAAUAACUAUCAUUUUUUCAUUACUGAUGAUUGUUGGAUGGAUAGACAUUUCUGUUAAUGAUGGACAAACAUAAGUUCUAUUUUACAACACUUCAGCUCCAUAUACAGUGCAAGAAUAAAAUAACACAUUCCUCAUGAAAAAUCAAAACAAUAACAAUUCCAACUUUAUCUAUCAAUCUACUUUAUUUCGAAUUUUAUAAGGGCCGUUCAAGCUUGCACAUGCAAUAAGGUAGUCACAACAAAAUUCCAGUGCAUCGGAAGCGGAAGUUGAAAGGCUUUCAUCAGCUGCUGUACACUCAGAUGAUUUACAUAGAUUGAAAAAAAGGAAUAACAAAAGGAAUCCUGUAAUAUGUCGAGAAAAACAUUUAAUGAAUCUCUUUUAGACUGCCUGACUGGAAUAAUUGAAUACUUGGUUGUAUUUUUCAAUAUGGAAUUAUGUUCAUAAAAGGUCUUAAAAUACUCAUUUUAAAAUUUUCACGAACUAUGUUUAAUUUAGAAAAUAACAAAUGUAAUUUAAACUUCAUGUACACACUAUGUAAUUUUUGUAAUUAGAUUUUGUUUUUUCUCAGAUUGCAUGUUAACUCCAUGCAAUUCAGUGUUUUCAAAUACAGAAAAAUAUCCCAUUUAGUUUCUUCAGUUUUUUAAUUCAUAGACCUUUUUAUUUGCCUCUUAAUUUCUCGUUAAAUAAGAUCUGUUUAUAGCCAUUGAAAAUUCUGGGAAUCAGGCGGUACAUUCAACACAAGGAUUAUUUAACUUACUUUAAUAUUUUGGGUCAAUUUGUUCACGAAAAGUUGAGUUUUUACAUGUGUGCACAAAUUCUAUACAGAUGGCUUUGGGCAACUCGGUUUGGAACAGUGGACUAAACUGUGAUCCAUGGGAUUUUUGUCAAUGAAUCACCUUAUCUGACAUUUUUCACUAUUCAUAGGAAUCUUCAAAAUUGUGUACUUACAUGAAAUUUGAUACAAUAUUUGAAGAACUUAAAAAGAUAUUUUAAAACAAGAUAGGAAGAUAACCAUGAUCUAUUAUAAAUAUAAUAGUAUAAAUAUGGCUCGAUCAAACAAUGUCUUAAAAAAUAGGUUACAUAAUUUUUAAACAACCUGUAUCAAUAUUUACGUGGAAGUGUAUAAAAUUCCCUUUGUCUUCCCACAAUUAUGACAUGGGUCCAGUUUAAGUUGCUUAAAAAUGACAAUACAAAACAGAUUGAUUGGAAUAAUAUAAGAAAAUGUUAGUAGAGGUUUAUAAUAUAUCUAUGUUAAGAUUUAUACUCAUUUUCAAAUGAAAAAUUUCAAUUUUCAAAUAAAAAAAUUGGUUAUCAAAACAGCUCAACAUAUCAUUACAAAGGCAGUACAAUACGAUUGUUGUUAAUAACAAUUUAAUUGAAAAAAUGAUAUCAAGCCCUGCUAACGAUUUCAUAAACAAAUAUUUGAAGUUAAACUGUGGUACUUGUAUUUUUUUCCUUGUUUCGAUCGGUAACCAGAAAUCACAACCAUAGAAAGUUGCAAUAAGGAAGCUGCUAAACAUCUGAAAAUAUGUAUACAGUUUAUUAUCAAGAGAAUUAGCAAUAAGAAUAUAAUGGCAGUAAUAAAGCAGAAAAUUUUAUUACCAGAAAUACAACAAGGACUAUCAUAAAUUAUAAAUAGCGCAACCCUGUGGUACUAAUUAGUAAAACACAAUUGUUACAAAAAUUAUUCUCGAUCACUUCAAUUAGUGACCCAUUAAUUUCAAUGUCCUUUAAAAUCUCGAUGCUUAUAUAUGAAUAUGUUCAAUAAGUACCAAGGGGGAAAGUUGGUAUGCAUUUUAUUUGGAAAUUGAAGAGAUAUCCUACCUACUGCAAAAAAAAUUUUUCAUUUGUAGAUGAUUUUUUUUCAAAGGUGUGGACCCACCAGCUGCUCAGAAUUCGUUUAAAGUGUACAAAACAACCAGGAAACUAAUUGCCUGAGCAUCUGGUAUUAGCAAGAAUGCUCAAUAUUUUGUAUAUAGCUUUAUAUUUUUUUUGUUACUACGAACAUCCAACCUGAAAUGUAUUUCAACAUCAAAUAGACAAGUAUUUUAAACAGUGCUCUACAUUGCUUAUUAUUCAUUAAUUUUUUUUUAUUUUUGUCUUUAUCCUCACCCUAAUGUUAUUCAUAUAGUGGAAGAUUGGGAAAAAGAACUAGAAGCCGAACUACAGGACUAUGAAAUGGUCAGCGAACAAAAGUCUACAAACUCCAAAAGCGAUAAUUGGGAACAGGAAAUCGAUGAAAUGUUACAAGACGAGACUGACUUGAAGUAAAUUGUAUGUAUACAUGAUAAUAACUAUCCGACUGAAUUGUUGAAAAUAUUUUUGUGGCCAAUUAGGUCAAUGCUAAGAUUUGAAAUGGAAUAAUCAUUGUCAGAGGAAGAAAAAUAAGGUACACAAAAAUAUUUGAACUUUAGAAUAAUGGGCUAUACCCUACUGAAUGUUUAUAUGAUUCAAAUUUUGUCAAAAGUCUGUAGUUUAAAAAUGAACAUUCCAUACUCGCAUAACCAAAAUAAGAUUUUUUAACUUGGAAAUUUUGUGAAAUAUCUAUUUUGGAAUUUGUUAUUGCAAAAUGACAUAUUUCAAUUUAAGAAUGUAAAUGGUUUUAUUCAUAACAAUUUUUGAGGGUCGAGUUGAAUUACUAAUUGUUUAGCAAUAUUGGAUUGUUUAUAUUAAAUAAUAAUUUUUUGUCAAAAGUAACCAAAUAUAAAUCUAUAAUGAGUGAGAGAAUCUCCCCUCAUUAUAGAUUUUUUAUUAGUUUGGUUCACUUUCAUCAGUAGAUGGAAUUUUUUUUAAAUCUGUUCAACAUUGAUGUUCGUAAGCUGCUUUAAUUUGAUAUUUGUAAUUUCAAUAAGGAUUUACAUUGAAUUGUAAACUUAUAUGGUGAAAUAUUUAACAUUCAGAUAGUUUUUGGAGAAAAUUCAAUUCAGCAUCGAUCAUAGAUAUAAUGAAUAUUUAAUAACACUAGUUUACAUGAUUUUUAUAUCAUAGCUGUUCAAGUUGUUUCUUUAAACAUGAGUUUAAGAGUUUUCCACUAAAAAAUAACUAAAAUCUAAUACGUCACAUUCCAUUUUCAUUGUCUUUGCAUAUUUUUUAUUGUUUUAUCUUCUAAUGAGCCACUAAUAAUCCCUUAAACUGUUUUCAUCCUAAUUUCAUACUUUGUAACUUAUGACCAGGACAAACUGAAUACGGAUGUUCCUUCGAAUGUAAAAUUGUAUGUAUACAAAUAUAUACACCAAAAAAUGAUGGUUCUGCUUCUUGUACACCUAUCUAAGGGGUGAAUUGAAUACCUUGGAACAGUUUUAAUUACGAAGUUGAGAUCUUGUUUUGAGAGUAAGAAUAGUGAGAGUAAUGAAUUCAUGUUACCUCUUACGCCAUCUCGUAUGAAUACAGGUUAGCUUUGGAGUUUAAGUAAGGGUUAUUACAACACAUUUUUUAUUCAAUUAUUAAUUAAAAGAAAUUCUUUCCUGAUAAUUUCCUACAUAAAAAAGAUGCUUUUGUGUUAAUUCACUUGAUAUAACUGAUUUUGUAUAUAUUUUCCAGUAACUACCUUGUUUUCGUAUAGGAUGAAGUAGAUGGUGACUUAAAAUAAAUUUACCAUUUCCAAUAUAUUAAUUCCAUAUUCAAAACCGUUUGGUAAUCAAUUGAAAGAAUAAGCUAUGGAAAUUAAUGUAUAUAAUUGUGGACCGCCAUAUAUUUACCAUGUCUGUAACAUAAUUUCAUUUUUACUAACUUCUCUCAGUGGCUAAGAGUUUUUUUAAGAAUGUGAAUUUUAUACAAAUAAGUUUAAAACUGGUUAAUUGUAUUCAUUAGCAAGAAUGACUUAAUUCCACUACUACGUCUUCGAUUGUAUGAUAUCCGUUAACGCUUGAAUACUUUGUAUAAUGUAGUUACAUUUAGUUUGCCUUCCGCCUCCCCUCCAAAUAAAAUUCUAGACCCGCCACUGACUUCUCUCUAUGUCACAUUUUAACCAAAUACAAAGAGAGGAGAUUAUAUUAUUGAAAUGAUUUCAACAAACACAUGAGGCAACAGAAAUUAUUUUUAUUCAUUGUAGGAGUUUUUAAAAUUAUCUUCUUUAAAGUAACAAGGUAUAUCUUCAAACACUAGAUUGGUUUGGAUACAUAUGUUCGUACAAAAUUUAUUCAAUACGUUUUUGCUCGUCUCGAACUAGUGCUGAACAAGUUCAAUUUAUUACUGGAACGUAAAACUUAUUGUUCAUUACUUGAACUUGAUACUGUUGGAAAGCAAUUUUCAUAUCGCGUAUCAUCAAGUAGGUAGUUACAAACAAACCUAGUAUUAUUUUUCAUAUACAUUUUUUAGUAAUGCAUAAGAAAGUUGAACUAAGUAAACUAGUGUAAUCUUUAUUUUACUUUCGGAUGUAACGAGCUUUCCGUAGUAUGUUUGUUUUUGAUUAUGGAAAACUUAGUUGAAAAGCCUUGUGUGUAUUCUAGUCAUUAAAAAUUGUAUAGAGGUAUAUUUCGUACUUAUAUGUGAUAAUUAUUAUGCAAGAUAUAGGGUCUACAUCUUGUAUACCUAUAUAUACCCAUUUUAAAGAUAAAGUGUCACUUUAUACAUAAUGCAUUUCCAUUUGCUAUAUAUGCUGUUUUCGGUAUAUUUAACUUUAUUGUGAUUCUCCCUAAGUUUUAAUUAUAGAUUUGAAUAUUCUAUAAGUAUAUUUUGUCAAAUUUUUGUAUAUACCCAAAGUAUGAAUAUAUGUAAUUAUUUAAAGAUGUAAUAUAGUAUAUUGAUAUUUUGUUUUAUUUUAGUGUUGCUGUUAAUGAUUUUACAAUCUGUUGCGUUUGAAACUGUUAGCAUUAUAGCAUUUAGGAUGUAGCUUUUCGUGUGUUAAGCAUGUUCUCCUGUAUUCUAAUUGUUAUAUAACAUACAGAUUGUUAAAUAAAUGUAGCAAAUGUGCCCACUCAUAUUUAAAA